AUUUAGUUUCCGAGUCUUACGCGGUUGUGGCAAUUUUUUCAGUCGCGUGUGUAAGGCGCGCGCGACUGUAUCCUUUACGAGUUCUAAAUUUUAUUUUGUGUUCAUUUUUCGAAUUUUUCGCGCGCUCUCGGGCGCGUUUUAAAACUUUUCUUUCUUUCCAGCCAGUUGUCAAGUUGUUACUGGUACAAACUGUGUGUGUUCCCUGUGUGUGACCGACUCGGAUUGUGACAAACGCUGUGACAUUGUGUUGUUGUGACUCUUACUUUUGUUAUCUCAUUGCUUUCAAAUUUGGAUGUCUUAGAUUAAGGUUAUCAAACUUUGGCUGUUCGAAGACUGAAUAUAAAUAGUUAUUAAGCCAACUAGGAUGUAACCGCACAACUUCAUAAUUCCCUGGUCGGACUCGCCUUAAGUCGCGGUGAUAGGUGACCGAGAGAGAUGACUACUGCGAUGGCUGCUCACCAGGAUUCUAUACACGAAAGACUGCAGGCUGGACCAGAGGAACCGCUGUAUCUGCACCAUGGACCGUCCUGGAACACGGAGAACUCGGACCAUCAAGAGGAGCACAGCACGGACAUGUCCCCGUACUACAAUAUGCCAAAAAGAAACAAGAGGAAGAACUUCAAGCCGAGGUGUGCUCCGAACGCGACAACUCUCUCCGACGACUCCAACGGAGCCAAUUGCGAGACAGGCAGUGUCAACGGCAAUGAAAGAACAACUCCAGAUCAAGUGGAGGAUGAAGCAGACGUAGGGAACUACUCUAAAAUAGGAGUCAAAAACUUUAGUCUACUAAAAGGCGGUGCGGUCGAUCUCAGUAGACGACUGAGCACCGACUCAAAUGAAAACAUAGAUUCGAAUUACCAAAAUAGCUUAGCAGAUCAGAAGAAAGUUGAUUCCUUUCAACGCUCCUACAUACACAGCCUGCAAAUGAACAGAGAGGAUCGUACAGUAUUAAAUUUUAGUAAUUUACAAAACAAAACUUUCUGUGCCAAAAAUCCAUUCGCUAUAUCUCAGUUAAUAAAGACGGACUCGCCUCCGAGGAGACGUGAGUCAGAUUCUGAUGAUGAGAAAUGUCAGGAUGUUAAUGCCAAUGAGAGACUAGAGAACCAGGAUACCGCGGACAUGAGUGAAACUCAACAGAACGGAGAUGCAUCUAAUGCUGCUAAUAGGAUUUUAAGUGAUUACGCAAUGAAUACUAUGAAAGAGUUGCUUGGUAUAUACGGUCUGUCUUCGAAUGAAGUUGCGGAUGCCAUAAGUGGGCAGAUAAGGGCGUUGGAGGCUCUUCAAGGUAAGCCAUUCACCCAUAUACCUUUAAGCCUGAAGCGAAGACACGACUCCGGAGAUGGGACUGACAGGAGCUUCCGAAGGUCAUCAUCAGCGACGGAAGAUGAAGGGUCCACUAACAUAACUCCACCGAAGACACCAGACAAUGACAUUGAAGCUCAGAGGCAAAGGGCACUUCAAAUCAUCAAUCAGCAGUCUUUAAGGCUGCUCAGAUCUCAAGGUCAGGAGGAGGAAGCUAGUUCUGAUGAUGGAGACCAAACUUUGGACCUUAGCGUCUCAAGAGAUACGGAUGGGCAGGAGCAGUCGACAACAUCGAGCGCCGGCAAUAGUGUGUCGGAGUUCGAACAGCAGAGCAUGUUAAUGAGGAAGAACCUUGAAGACUUAGCUAAUUUACAAAUGAAUUUCUUCCAAAAACAAUCGAUGAUGGACGGCGAUGAUUCUCAAGAGAGAAAACUGCAGGCGAGCGGACUGCUGACGGCCUUGAAUCAUUUGGAUCAAGCUCGGAAGAAUUCGAUACAAACGACCGUGGAUUACUCGAGAUAUGUAAAAAGAUAUAGUUCAACGUUAGAAUGUGGAUCGUCGUAUUGCAAGGACUUGGGGUACCGGGAGCACUUUCAUUGUAUGGACUGCACUGCAAGAGUAUUUUGCAAGAAAGAAGAAAUGAUUCGACAUUUUAAGUGGCAUAAAAAACGCGAUGAAUCUCUAGCACACGGUUUCAUGCGUUACUCCCCACUCGACGACUGUUCGGAGCGCUUCAGUGAUUGUCCCCACAACCGGAGUCAAACCCACUACCACUGCAUACAGGAUGGCUGUGAUAAGGUUUAUAUAUCAACAUCAGACGUACAAAUGCAUGCCAACUACCAUAGGAAGGAUUCGGCGAUACUGCAGGAAGGUUUCCAAAGGUUCAGAGCAACUGAAAGUUGUGCGGCCCCACAUUGUAUCUUCGCUGGACAGAGAACCACUCAUUUUCAUUGCAGACGACCUGGAUGUACAUAUACUUUUAAAAAUAAAGCUGAUAUGGAGAAACACAAGACCUACCACAUUAAAGACGAAGCUCUUUCCAAAGACGGUUUCAAGAAAUACAUGAAGAACGAAGCAUGUCCUUACCGUGACUGUAGGUUCAGUAGAACUUGCAACCACAUCCACUGCAUCAGACCACACUGCAACUAUGUGUUGCACUCCAGCAGCCAGAUCUUCACUCAUAAGAGGAAACACGAGAGAAAGGAACAGGAGAUGAGUUUCGGCUUACCAACAUCGAUGAUACAAAACGCUCUCAUGCAGCAAGGCGCAGACCUCAGCAUGUACUCCCCUGGAGGAAACAUUCACGGCGAUGACGAUAUGUCUAGUUCUAUGAUGGACGAUUAUCCUCAACAUUUUAACCAGGCCGUAGUAGAUGAAGUUUCUAGAAAGUUUAUAGAAACAUUCAAUGGAGCUAAAGAUGCGGAGGACAAAUGCAGCAAAUGUAGUGCUUUGAAUAAACACUAUCAUUGCUUGGUUGAGGGCUGCAAAUUGGCUCAUAGUGACCAUAACACAAUAGUGAAACAUGCCAUGGAGCAUGAACAACAAAAUCAAGUGACUGACGCAUAUUUCGUGACGUACACGCGACACAAUCCAUGCAGUAACUCUGCUUGUCAACACAUCAAAGACAUUACUCAUUAUCAUUGCACUUGGGAAAACUGUGGAGUUGUUAUAUUAUCGUCAGAAGAUCAACCCUUUAGACGGUUGGAACAUCAUCGCCAGCACGCAAUACUCAGCCCAAUGUCACCGAACUUGGCGGCCAGAUUCGCACCAAAUUUUACUCCUCAAUUGUCUGCUAUACAUCCAAAUAUGGCAGCGCAACUUGGUCAAGUAUCAAGCUUGCCAAACCUUCCUCCGAAUUUGGCCCAAUUAGCUCAAAUGGCACCGAACCUUCCUACCCAACUGACACCGAAUUUACAAGCUCAAUUGAGUCUUGGGCCAAAUCCUGGAAUAGUUCCACAACAAGUCAACCCGUCCAGCUCUUUGGAUGAAAUGUUCAGCAGAAAAAGAGGAAGGCCUCCAAAGAACCGUGUUGUUGAAGUUUGGACGGAUAACGUGACCCCACAAGCCAUAUUCACAUCGUUCAAACUGCCAAAGAGUAAUCAACUACCUCCAGUAAUCCAAUCUCCUGUCAUAGCAACGGUUGAAGAAUUUCCCCGUAUCCGGUUCCAACACUUCGAAGUUUUUACCACGCCGGAGUCAUGCACUCAAUAUUACCCCAACUGCCAUUUGAGGUUAACAAGGCUUCAUCUACAUUGCUUCAAUUGUAGCUUUACUGGUGAAACUCACGCUACAAUGGAAACCCACAUGAGGGAAUCCCACUCCGUUUCCCCACUUUUAGAAGGCUUCGAUUACUUCCCCUCAUUCGACCAAUGUGGUGGAAAAAGUUGCUUCAAAAACCAAUUGAGAUCCCAUUUCCAUUGCAUCCAAGGCAAUAGUUGUCCAGCAAUUUUGACACAAUAUUCGGCAGUAGCUACCCACAAACACGGUAGAGGAACUCCGGUAAUUAAGAGUGAAAAUGAUACAGAAAAAUCCUUUGAAGAGGCCAAAGAUUACUCUAUAAAAGAAAGGGCUUCGGCUGAUAGCGUCGCAUCCAUGAAAGAGCAGACUGAAUCUUAUACUCCUACCAAUUUCUCAAUAAAAAGUGAGUUCGAAAGAGAACAGGAUAAUGUUUCGGUAGUAAAAGCGACGGGAACAUUCUAUCCAUCAUCUCAUCUCCGAAGUAAUACUUCGUCUCCAUCACCGAGAAGCAUCUACGACGCAUCACCGUCCAAGGAAAUGAAAAACAGAGAUUACGAUCAGAAAAAAUACGAACCGCCCAAAAUGUCUGGACCGACAAUACCUCCAUCUUGUCAUGAUCAGACAUGUCCUUUGAACAAAAAUGCCGGUGGUAUGAAUUUACACUAUCACUGUCCACAAUGCAGUCAGGCGUAUGUCGAUUUGAAACUAUUGUUCAGUCAUAUGGUGAAGAAACAUAGCAACACUAUGGAGCCUGGACCAAUAGGCUUGGCGGCUACAAAGGAAACAUUGGAGAGAGAAUAUCCAGAAAUAUCCAUUUUACCAUCAACUGCGUCUUCAUCAAACGCUCAAGUGCCAUCACCAAGUCAGAGACAACCAAAUCCAGCAGAACAGGUCCAAGCAGUACAAAGCCUUCUUCUACAACAGUAUUUAGCGGGCGGUCGCAAGGGCAGUCUCCAGGAACAGUUAAAGAUGCAGCAACAGUACACUGCUUCUUUAGCUGGUCUGCCAGGUCUUGCUCAAGUUGCACUGUUCUCUCAGGGUGGCUCCGCUUUCCCCUUGUACCCCACAAUGCUGUACCCACCAGAACUUCUCCUGGAGCAGAGCCUCUUGCAGACCCACGGUCUGCCGCCUGGUCUGGAUAAAGAAGCCGAGCUUAUUGCUAAAACCAGACGCAGCCACGCGGCGCGCGGGCCGCACAUGCGGGUGCUGAAGGACGAGCCCAUCCCGGACGGCUACCUGCGGUUCCGCUUCAACGAGGACUGCGCCUACCAGCAGUGUGGCUACCGAGAGCAUCAAACUCACUUCCACUGCACAAGAAAAGACUGCGGUUACUCAUUCUGUGACAAAACUAGAUUUGUCCAGCACACGGCCAGACAUGAAAGAUUGGACACGCUCAUGGGCGGCGACUUCCAGCAAUACAGAGCCAAUGUGUACUGUCAGCGACCCGAGUGUCCACACGCCUCUACUUUCGGUACCGGUCAAAAUAAGGCGUCUCACUUCCACUGCCUCAAGUGCAACUUUGUCUGCACUGACACCAACAAAGUAGUGGCUCAUCGCAGACAGCAUCAAAAACUAGAUUCAAUUCAUGCUGCUGGUUUUAAAAAGUUUUCUCCCGGCGAAGGAUGUGGUUACGAGCCUCAAUGUAUUCACAGCAAGAAACAAACCCACUACCAUUGUUUACAAUGCGGUUUCGCUGUCCUCGGACUCUCACAGAUGACCUCCCACAAGUACAAACACCAAGAAGCUAACCUAGGACCCUCCACUAGUGCGACCAAUUGACCUUUCGUCAACAAGUGUAAAAUACGUGUGAAGAUUGAACUUUACCUUAAUUAUAUUAAGAAGGAUGUUCGAAGAACAAAAACGAAGAAAUUUCUUAUUUGUCUACUUAAAAAUGUUAUGUAUUGACUUUUUAACGAAGUUUCAAUUAGUUAUUAAUCAAUUAUAUGUAAAUUUAUACAUUUUUCUUGAUAUUUCAUCAGUCCACAUAAUUUAUAUUCCUAUAAAAGAACAAUAUAUAUAUUAAAUAAAAUAGGAACUAAAACGAUCCCUUGUGGUACUCCAAACAAUAAAAUUGUUAAAGUAGUGAAACGAAGUAUAGUCCUCAAUUAUUGUGCCUUAGAUGCAAAAUAGUUUCGGAGAUUAUUUAAUAUGGCACGUAUAAGUGCCAAAAUAUUAUAAUGACAAACGAUUUACAUUAUUGAAAUUACGAAUUAUACUCGAUAAUGAACGGAGUUGUAUAUACGUUAUUCAAUUCUGAAAUGUUUUUUUUUUUGCAAAUUCUUUGCAUUUUGAAAACUGAUAUGUUAACGAUACGACGUGAUGUAAGAGAGUCUUAUACUUAGUGCAUGUUAAAAGUGUGUAUCCUAACUCCUGACCAAUGUAGAAUAUAGUUUAUAUGAAAAAAAUAUUUAUAUUUAUUACUUCCCCAUGAGAAAAGACAUUUUUACGAAUAGUAUUAUUAAUUUAGGUUUCGUAAAAUAAAUGAAGGCAAUAAAAAAUUGGGUUAAGAACGCCAUAUUGUGCCUCAGAGGUAAAACCAUGACAAUACACAAGUUUGAAAUAGUUUACAAUGAUAUUCAAAAACACUCAUUAUUAUUUAAUAAAAAUUUUAUUAAUCACCUAACAUUCAUAUAAUUAUAUAUUUUAUUUUGGACCACACAAAGUUUAAAAUCCAAAAUACUUAUAUAUUUAGAAAUUAAUAUUAGAUACACAAGAAAAGGGCUAACAAUUAUUCAAAAGAAAAACAAAGUAUCUUAGAUUUUUAAAUAAAUAAAGGAAACAUAAAUUCAUUGUAAACUAUUUCAAACAAACAUUAGUUUUUACACGCAAAUUUAUAUAAAAAAAAAACGUAUUUAAGAAUAUAAAAAAAAGUAAAACCGUCAAUUUUUAUAAAAUGUAAAUAAGAUUAGAAAUAUAUGAAAAAAAUAUAUGUUAAUAAAUUCUUAUUGUUAUACGAAUAUUGAUAAAAGUAAUGUAUAAAAAAAAUACGAAUUGGACAUUGUACAGGAAACGAGUGCUAAAACUAUGUGAUCCAUGAGGUAGCCAUAAAAUGCCAUAUUCCAUUUUAAUGAUAAAUUAUAAUAAACUCUGUACUAUCGGAUCAGUAUUAGUUACAAUAAUUUCACAACCUUUGCAUUCCUGUUUUAUUCCCGGCGACUCAUAGUCCAUUCCCGUGUUAGUUUUAGACGAAUCUCGACGAACUGUGUAAUAUAUUCGUCGUAAUUUAUACUAUUUUCGACGAACUCUCAUUCAACAGUUCACCUAUUCCUAGCUUGUAUCAGUAUUUUUUUAGUUUAAGUCCUGUCCUGUCGUUCCUAAACUAUCUUGUACACAGUUAUAUGAUUACAAUUUGCUAUUUUAGAUUAAUUACUUUCGUCGGUUUUAAUUAAACUAUCAUUUUUCUUUGUUAGUAGUUUCUGUCAUUUAAUAUGAUAAAAGGCCGUGCCAUAAAUAUUUAGUCAACGUUUCAUGUUAUUUUGUAUACUUAUUGCACUAGUGUGUUCACUCAUUGUAGAACAUAUAUAUUUAUUAUUGCAUCUUCGUCUAUUCCUUCGUCGGCUGAAUUGAAUUUUUAUUACUUUAAUUUAAAUCUUUCGUCGCCAACUAUCUCUUAGCAAUAACGGAUUUUUUUCACACGCUAUUGGUUGUUAUCUUGUUAUGUUAUCUAAUUUUACGUUCAUGUUUUUUUUUUAAAUUUUUUUCUUUUCUUUUUACGUUUUCGCCUUCACAAAACUUUAAUUACUCAAGUAUUUAUGUAUCUUAGUAUUACGUAGUGUAAAUUAUUAUUGAUUAAAUUAAUUUUCCCUAUCGAAUACAGUAUUUUGUCCGUUCCGUAUUAAAAUGGAUUGUUCACAAUUUUGUAAUUUAAGAAGGUUUUCGUACAAAAUUUACGCACAUGUGUAUGUAAUGAGUAUGUGUGCGUGUACAUGCAUACGGUUGAUUAUUGUAGCAGUUUGAUAAUAUCAAUUGGUAUGACGAAUAGCUUAGUGUUGUUUACCUCAUGAGUUUUAGGAAUUAAAUGAAAAUAUAUAAUGA